AUGGACAGUCCGAGUAACAGUGCCUCGUUGGUCCGGGAAGACGGCAGCCGCAAGAAGCCGCACCGUGCGCGCGUGGCAUGCACUCGGUGUAGAUUGCAGAAGCUGCGGUGUGAUGGCCUCAUCCCAUGCUCUCGCUGCAUCCGUGCUAACGUACCGUGCGCCGAUCCUCUCGAACGCACGCGGCGUCUCUCCUCACGCGAUGAGCAUGCACAUACCCUCCUCCGACUAAGCUCGGCAACAGGUCAGACAAAGCCCGCCCACCGUCAGAUCUUACCAAUUCCAGAGUCGAACAGCCGGGAAUUGCCCAACGAUCCACGCUUGGUGCGGCGGCUGCAAGCAAAUCUGAAGGAUGUCGUCAGUCGUUUGGAAGCGGUCGAAGCGAGAGUGGGCAUUUCGUUCAAUGCGGAUCCGCUCUCAGCUGACAGGGAUCAUGAUCAGCCACCUUUGCGGUCCGCAGCCAUGCACGAGAGCGUCAGAGCGCCGUUUACCGACAUGAUGGAGAAGGGCGUCGACGAGUCCAACCUGCCAUCGCGCAGCUCGAGUUCUGAACCUGUACAACCAUACCGAAGCGAAACGGAGGACGGCAACGAUCCACGACAGACCGCCGACUUGGGCAAUGGCGAUCGUUCAGGUCUCGACACCGUGCGAAUCGAGCUUGCUCGUGUUCAGCGCGUGUCGGAGGAGGCUCCCGCAUCGACACAUCUGGCAACGGAUCUACGGUCAACGGACCCGAUAUCGAGAGGCUUGAUCAGCAACGAUCUUGCAGAAUGGCUUCUCGACUGGUUUCUGGAGCGCUGCCAUCCUUUCCUUCCCGUCCUGGACGCCGGGGCUAGCAACAACAUUGCUCGGAUGCGAGAAGAAUCUCCCUUCCUACUCACGGUCAUCCUUGCGAUAGGUCUGAGGUUCGACGCUUUGCGCACAUGCCCCCUCGCUGAGGCAGGCGCCACCCCCGGAUUGUCGGAAAAUCUCACGCAGAUGACGGAAAAUCUGCUAGGCCAGACGCUGCUGCGAUCUCGCUUCCGUCUGAGCGAUGUUCAGGCAGUUCUGUAUCUCCAUGCCUGGGGCUUACGUCCCAUCGGUCAAGGCUCGGACCCGUGGAUCCUCUCCGGCCAUGCCUUUCGGCUGGCCAAGCGUCUUGGCGUCGAGAAGACUGUUACUUCUUCGCACAGUUUCGGAAAAGAGUUCCUUUCCUCGCGGCGAACCUGGCUGCUGCUGUGCGCCUCCGACUGUUUCCCCUCCCUCGGUUUUGGCAGGCCGUUCUCGCCCAAGGAGAACCUGGAUCUUUGCGCGCACAUCAUUGCGACUCUAAAACACGACCACCUUUUCAAAGGCAUCGACAUCGGACCCGACGCUUUCGUGGCUGCGCAGGGCGAGCUUGCCCAGAUCUCGCGGAGGUUGCUGGAUUGGGUUGCGGACGCCUCUUCCCAGCUCAACAAGACGCAUCAGACGGACGAUCGUUCAUGGAUCGAUGUAGACUCGAUAUGGACGCGGUACCAGGAACUCAGCCAAAGCCUUCAGACAUGCGAAGCACAGUGGGACGAGGGCCUACAAUCGCCGGUCGCCAACGCCAGUGCUGCUCUGUAUCGAUGGCAUGUACGACUGUGCCUGCCGAGUUUCGCCUUGCGCCUCAAUGACAUAGCGGAUCGCACCUCUAUCGCAAGAUCACGGGCUCAAGACAUUGCCAGCGGGCGGGAGACAGGCUCGAAAGCUUCGCGAUUUCGCUCCAUCUACCAUCAAGCUAUUUUGCGAUCUUCUGAAGCCAUUGUCCGGCUGCAUGCGCAAGAUGAAGAGGGAAUGCUGACCUACGUGCCCGACUAUCUGGUGAUGGCGUUGGCACAAGCGUGUUCGGCGCGAAUUGGACUUCUCGAGGGCGGAACCAUCGAGGGCGGAACCAGUCCCGACAAAUCGCGAAGACGUAAAGCCGCUAAAGGUGAGCGUGGCACCGGAAGGCAAACAGGAGGAGAGAAGCGGGAAACGGAACUUGUUGCUUCUGCCCUGGCCUCCUUGGAUAGACUAGCAUCGCAAGGCGUGUCGUUGGCUCGGUAUCUGUCGGCCAAGGUGGUUGACGCCGCCAAGAAGGCUCAUUUGGCCAUCCCUCAACGGAGCGACUUCCGGCAUCGGAAAGCUGCGACGACUGACUUCGAAGCGACAAAGCCUGCGAAGCGACCGAGAAGGAAUGCGCGACCUUGCGCGCGAGGUGCCGAUUCAGGGGUGGUCAAUGAUCUCAUCAGCAACGGCGGGCCCAGCUGGGCAGCGGCAAGCGAGACAUCGAGCCAACACAUGGACACUUACAUCAGUCCGGCGGCAAGCAGUCUGCAGGACCUUUUGGAGGUCCGUUGGCCCGAGGCGGACGACUUGGACCUCUGGUUUGACGCCGACGACCCCCUGCGACUUUUGUUUGGCGAGAACGCCGACCUGCUUGCUCCGGGAGCGUUUGACCUCAACAUGGAUCUGGUUGCGUCCGAUUCCUGA